GCUGGGGGACUUGAAGAGAUUGGGACAAGUCGGCACCGGAACAUCUGGUACUGUUUGGCUUGUGAAACACGUCAAGACGGACUCCAGAUAUGCCCUGAAGCGGGUCGAGAAGAAGGAUGGCAAGGUGCCACAGGAAGUGCAACGCGAGAUCCAGAUCCUCUCGGAAAAUGACCAUCCCUUCCUGAUGCAGAUGGUGAAGUCCAUGCAGACCCACUCUCACAUGUACGUCCUGGCCGAGUAUGUGGGAGGCGGCGAGCUAUACGCGGCCAUGCGGGCAAUCUCGACUGUCUUCAGCCGCCAGCAAGCAAUGUUCUGCGUUGGAUCCCUGCUUCUGAUGCUGGAAGCCUUGCAUGAGCGGAACGUCCUCUACCGGGACCUGAAGCCGGAGAACAUCCUCUUGGAUGCUGAGGGCUAUCUGAAGCUGGUCGACUUUGGCACUGCUAAGAAACUGGAAGCCAAGUGCGGCAGAACUUUCACCCCGGUCGGCACGGCACACUACAUGGCUCCCGAAGUCAUGCGUGGCAAGGGCUAUGGCCUGGAAGUUGAUGUUUGGGCGCUGGGGAUUGUUCUCUACGAGCUGCUAUGCGGCCACCUCCCCUUCGGGGAGAACGCUGACAACCCACGGGAGGUUUGCAGAGCUGUGCUGGCCGGAAACCCGGUGCUUCCCCAACAUUUGGAACCCUGCGCUCGGACGCUUAUCGGUUCACUGCUAGAGCCUCGCCCUCGCCGAAGACUCGGAUGUGGAGCAAAUGGCCUUCAAGAGAUCAAG